CACAGUUUACCUCAGCUCGCUCAGCAGAGGUGGCUCCUGCUCCUGCUCCUGCUCCUGCACCUGCUCCUGCACCUGCACCUGCUCCUGCUCCGGACACACGAUGACUAAACUUAAAGACAAAAGACGAGAGAAAACCAGCGUCGCCUCCGAGAUCGAUCGAUUGGAGGAGAGGCGGUCGCGUUGCCACGACAACCUGGAGAGGGCGGAGUUCAGGAGCAGGAAGGAGCAGCUCUCUGACAGGGAGAGGCAGGACCUGGAAGAUGAAAUGGCGAUCAUGAAUGAGAGGGUGCAGAAACUAGACAAGGAGCUGGAGACACUACGAGGAGAGAACCGGAAGAACAUGCUACUGUCGGUCGCUCUGCUUGUUAUCAGUGCUCUAUUCUACUAUAUGUUUUUCUACAAUGAAGAGGACUAUCAGACAGCUUCUUGAAGGGACCCACUGCUAUUUCUAGAGCAACAACAUUCAGACCAUAGACUGUAUAUAAAGAGUUCAGACAUAUGAAAAAGAUAAAAAAAAGUGCAUGGAUGACAUACCUCAGUUCUGCCUGCAGGUGGCAUCAUUUAAUUGUCUCUUUUUUCAUCUGGACCUCAAACUCAUCUUCAGGCCACAGCUUCCUCAGCAGGGACGGUGUUGAUGUUUAAACACUAAACAAUGAUCUGUGUCUCCUUCUGUAUGGAUUUCUCUGUCAGUGCAGCGGAACAUGUUUAAACAUCUCACUAUCUCUUUUUUAAACUUUUGAAAUAACAACUAUUUUUCAAAUCUCAUUGCAAGCUGAAACCUGGUUAUACUUUAUUGUUAUUACUCAGUUUAUGGGAACAGAAAAAGCUGAAGAAGGCUGUUGAGUAUUUCUCUAUUUAUCAUGUAACAACACUGAAUAAUUAAUCAACAUGAGACUUGCCCGUUCAUCACCCAAUGAUAUCCUCAACCCCCGUGUACGACAUCUGCACUGUGUUGCAAGUAACAGGAAUGUAUUACAGGAAACUGACUUAACUAAAUUGGCAUAUUUUGUCCUUUCCUCAGCUAAACUCAUCUGUUGUUACUGUAUUUUAUAAAGUGUAUUUAUGACACUGGGUGCCAAUCAAGACCGCCUUUUACUGACAUAUAGAUAAUAGUGUAUGAGCCACAUAAUGUACUUAUACAUGUCAGACAGUUAGAUGGAAUGUGAGCUGUUGUGUUGCUGAGGGAUUUACAAAGGACCUGAAGAAUGUAUUGUGACACCCAGAAGUAGCCAUUCACAGAUAAGAACUCAAAGAUGCCAAAGAUGUUUGUGAAUGUUGUUUCACCAGUUAUUGGAUCAUGCAUAUAAAUUAAACACUUUACAGUCA